AUGGCAGCGGUUACCUCAGUCCAUACAUCAAGUUCAAGCUAUAAUUUGGAAGCAUUUUUUAGAAUGAAACGAGGUAGACUAACUGUUACAAUUGAUAGCCAAGUUGUGGAAGGACAGCAGAGGAAUAAAAAACAAAAAAAAGACACUCAAUCACCUAAGCUUCAAAAAUCUCAAAUGCAAUCCUGCCAACUUGACUGGGGAAGUCUGCCACACCAUGUAGUACUGCAUAUCUUUCAGUACCUUCCUCUUGUGGACAGAGCCCGUGCAUCAUCUGUUUGCCGUCGCUGGAAUGAAGUUUUUCAUAUCCCUGAGUUAUGGAGAAAGUUUGAGUUUGAGCUUAAUCAGCCAGCUACUUCAUAUCUGAAGUCUACUCAUCCUGAUCUCAUUCAGCAAAUCAUUAAAAAGCAUGCUGACCAUCUUCAAUAUGUUAGCUUUAAGGUUGAUAGCUGCACAGAGUCAGCUGAAGCAGCAUGUGACAUCCUGUCACAGCUCGUAAACUGCUCCAUUAAAACUCUUGGACUGAUAUCAACGGCAAAACCAAGUUUUAUGAAUGUUUCUAAGUCUCACUUUGUAUCAGCACUGACUGUGGUCUUUGUCAACUCAAAGUCAUUGUCUUCAAUAAAGAUCGACGACACACCAGUCGAUGAUCCUUCACUGAAAGUUUUGGUGGCAAAUAAUAGUGAUACUCUGAAGCUGCUAAAAAUGAGCAGUUGUCCUCAUGUUUCACCUGCAGGAAUUUUGUGUGUAGCUGAUCAGUGUCAUGGCCUUCGAGAACUAGCCCUGAACUACCACCUUCUAAGUGAUGAAUUGCUCUUGGCUCUUUCCACUGAGAAACAUGUGCGUCUUGAGCAUCUUCGUAUUGAUGUUGUAAGUGAAAACCCAGGCCAGACACAGUUUCACACAAUAAAAAAGCAAAGCUGGGAUGCGCUCAUCAAGCAUUCACCCAAGGUCAACAUUGUUAUGUACUUCUUUCUGUACGAAGAAGAAUUUGAUGCAUUUUUCCGAGAAGAGACUCCUGUUACUCAUCUUUACUUUGGUCGUGCUGUAAGUAAGGCUAUGUUGGGCCGCAUAGGCAUGAACUGUCCUCGCUUGAUUGAAUUGGUGGUUUGUGCAAAUGGACUUCAGCCUUUAGAUGAUGAGCUCAUCCGCAUUGCUGACCGUUGCAAAAAUUUGACGGCCAUUGGCCUUGGAGAGUGUGAAGUUUCCUGCAGUGCAUUUGUUGAAUUUGUAAAAAUGUGUGGACGGAGACUAACACAACUGUCCAUUAUGGAAGAAGUGCUCAUCCCAGACAACAAAUACAACUUUGGAGCAAAUCCAUUGUGAAGUUUCAAAGCACCUUGGCAGAAUGUGGUUUCCAGAUAUGAUGCCUACUUGGUAG